UUCUGUGCUUGUUGGUGCAUUUUCCAUGGGAGAAGCAGCCCCAAAUUUGGAAAGCCUGGCAAAUGCUCGUGGUGCAGCCUAUGAGGUUUUCAAACUCAUCACACAGCCUCGUCCCAUAGAUAGUAGUUCCAAUGAAGGGUUCAAGCCAGAUAAGUUCCGAGGAGAAAUUGAAUUCAAAAACAUUCAUUUUAGCUACCCCUCAAGGCCUGAAGUUCAGAUUCUUAAAGGUCUGAAUUUAAAAAUCCAGCCAGGGAAGACCAUUGCUCUUGUUGGUUCUAGUGGCUGUGGGAAAAGCACUACAAUUCAACUACUGCAGAGAUUCUAUGAUCCAGCUGAAGGACAGAUUAUCAUAGAUGGGCAUGAUAUUCGUACACUCAAUCUCAAAUGGAUGAGAGAAAAUAUUGGCAUUGUAAGCCAGGAACCUAUUUUGUUUGCUACCACAAUAGCAGGCAAUAUUCGCUAUGGCAGAGAGGAUAUUACUGAUGCUGAGAUUGAACAAGCAGCUAAAGAAGCCAAUGCUUAUGACUUCAUAUCAAAACUUCCUGAUAAAUUUGACACCAUGGUUGGGGAAAGGGGAGCUCAGCUGAGUGGAGGUCAGAAACAGCGCAUUGCUAUUGCUCGUGCCCUUGCCAGAAACCCCAAGAUCCUGCUCCUGGAUGAAGCUACUUCUGCUCUGGAUAACCAGAGUGAAUCCAUAGUGCAAGCAGCACUGGAUAAGGCCAAGGCGGGGCGCACCACCAUUGUGAUUGCUCACAGACUUUCCACAAUCAGGACAGCAGAUAUUAUUGCGGGUUUUGAGAAGGGUAUUAUCGUUGAACAAGGAACACAUGAUGAACUAAUGGCACAUAAAGGAGUUUACUAUGCUCUCGUAAUGCAGCAGUCCUGUGGUGAAAAGGUUAAAGCUGAUGAAACCGAAGAAGAGACAGAUUUGGAAACGGAGGAGGAGGAUGAAGAGGAGGAGGAUGAUACAGGAGACAGCUUUGGAGAAGAUGAUCUAAAUGUUCUUGAAGAAAAGAAUCUGGAAAACACUGUUGGAAGUGCAAAAAUGACUCCUGGGGGAAGCUUUCGUCGAAAAUCUGAAAAACACAGCAUAAGUAGGGCUUCCACUAAAAGAUACUCUGACAGGAAGAAGAAUAAAAGGAAGAGGAAGAAAGCAAAAAAAGAUAAAGUGGUUGGUGUUAAGAUGCAUUCUAACAUACCUUAG